CUCCCCGGCCGUCGCGGGAAGAUGACGUCCGGCGUCGGCGCUGGGGGGCGAGAGGCGGGGCCGGCGAUGGGUCUCGCUGAGGAGGAAGGAGGGGGGCGACGGCGGCGAAGGCUCUGAGGCGGCCGUUGACGGCGACCUUUUCCCGGUCGAGAGAGAGGGACCCCCCACCCUUCUCCAUCCCCGCCCUGCCCGGACGAAGCUCCGGCAGGGCUGGUUAGCGGUGGCCGCUAAGAAGAAAGACAGACAGAAGUUCUCAAGAUGAGCAGAAAGCCUCCAAAUCGUCCUGGUAUUACUUUUGAAAUUGGUGCUCGCUUGGAGGCACUGGACUACCUGCAGAAAUGGUAUCCUUCACGCAUUGAGAAAAUAGACUAUGAAGAGGGGAGGAUGCUUGUCCACUUUGAGCGCUGGAGUCAUCGUUAUGAUGAAUGGAUUUACUGGGACAGCAAUCGGUUGCGCCCCCUUGAACGGCCAUCACUGAGGAAAGAAGGUCUAAAAGAUGAUGAUGAGUUUAUUGAUUUUAAACCUGGAGAAGAAGUUCUGGCUCGUUGGACAGAUUGUCGAUAUUAUCCUGCAAAGAUAGAAGCGAUUAACAAAGAAGGAACCUUCACUGUACAGUUUUAUGAUGGAGUGAUUCGUUGUCUUAAAAAAAUGCAUAUCAAAUCCAUGCCAGAAGAUGCCAAAGGGCAGGCGCGGGAGAGGCAGCAGAUAGCACCGGAGCUGAGAUUAGUGACGGAUAACGAGCAACAUGAAGACUGGAUAGCUUUGGUCAAAGCUGCAGCAGUGGCAGCAGCCAAAAAUAAAGCAGGAGUUAAACCACGGACCAGCGCAAACAGCAAUAAAGACAAGGAGGAGAGAAAGUGGUUUAAAGUACCUUCAAAGAAGGAAGAGACGUCAACGUCCACAAUUGUUCAGGAGGUCCAGAAGAAGGAAGAACAGCCAACGUCUAGUGAGACAUUUGGAUUCCCUCUAGUGGAUGUCCCAAAGAUUGCCUUUGUCCAGGCAGAAAAUGCAUUAGCACACAAGAGGAAAAAUAACUUGGGCAAUUCUUUUCAGGCAAAGAGGGCUCGUCUUAACAAGAUCACUGGUUUGUUGGCAUCCAAAGCUGUAAGCGCUGAUGGUGCUGAAAAAAAGGAAGACUGCAAACAAGCAGCUCCAGUCUUGGAGCAGGAGAUAUCACCUAAGCCUCAAAGUCAGAAAAAAAAUGAAGCUGAUAUUAGCAGUUCUGCCAACAUUCAGAAAUCGGCACUGUUGCCCUCAACUUUGUCUUCAGGAAAGUCUCGCAGCAAGAAAUGCAAACAAGAAUCUGGAGAUUCUGCAGGGUGUAUAAAGCCCCUUAAAUCACCAAUUUCCCCAGAGUUAAUACAAGUGGAGGAUUUGACCCUGGUCUCCCAGCUUCCUUCUUCUGUGAUAAAUAAAACUAGUCCAUCAGUCCAUGAGUACAGUACUCUUAGACCCUUCAAAAAUAACAAGCGGAGACGAAUAUUUCAGUGCUUAGUGAUUGGCUUAUUGCCUCAUGAUACUCUAGACAAAGUUCCUUCUCCCUCUCCAGUCACUGAUGGAAAAAUGUUCUCCAUCAAUGUCCCAAACCAACUGCAAGCAUUACUGGAGGUUCCCAGUGUUGCUCACGUGUCACUUGAGAAGCGUGGACUGUGUUUCCCUCUUGACCUAAGCCGUAACCUGGAUGUUCCAGCAUUGUUAACUGCGGAGACUGCUUUCCGUAGUGGAUACAUCAGUAAAGAGAAGGAUGAUAACCGUAUGAUACUGUAUCAUUCUUCGAAAGUAUUAACUGAUGGCAAAGUAGCCCCCAUGGCAUCAGGAACAGUGAAAACGGAAAGAAGGACAAAACUGGAGGAGAAAUGCCCGUCUUUACUUGGUAAAAAGAAGGAGAAAGAUAAAGAAAGAAAAGAAAAGAAGGAAAAGGAUCAUAAGUCCAAACAGAAGAAGAAGAAGAAAAAGAAGAAGAAAUCAAAACAACAUGAUUAUUCAGAUUUCGAAGAUAGUUCUCUCGAGUAUUUGGACAGGUGCUCGUCUCCACUCACCAGGUCUUCGGGGAGUUCUUUGACACUACGAAGCACAGUGACAGAGAAGAACACAUCUUGUCAAUAUCCAAGGGCUAUUCUGUCUGUCGACCUUAGUGGCGAAAACCUUUCUGAUAUGGAGUUCUUGGAUGACUCUUCUACGGAGAGUUUGCUGCUGAGUGGAGAUGAAUAUCAUCAGGACUUUGAUUCAACCAAUUUUGAAGAAUCUCAGGAUGAAGAAGAUACUCUCAAUGAAAUUGUCAGGUGUAUCUGCGAAAUGGAUGAAGAAAAUGGCUUCAUGAUUCAGUGUGAAGAAUGCCUGUGCUGGCAACACAGUGUGUGUAUGGGAUUGUUUGAAGACAGCAUUCCCGAGCAGUACAUCUGCUACAUUUGCAGGGACCCGCCUGGUCAGAGAUGGAGUGCCAAAUAUCUCUACGAUAAAGACUGGUUGAAUAAUGGCCACAUGUGUGGUCUAUCAUUCUUAAAAGAGAACUAUUCUCAUUUAAAUGCCAAAAAGAUAGUGUCAACACACCACCUCCUGGCUGAUGUUUAUGGUGUUACUGAAAUCCUGCGUGGGCUUCAGUUGAAGAUUGGGAUCCUGAAGAAUAAGCAUCACCCUGACCUUCAGCUGUGGGCUUGUGCAGGUGUGAGGAAGGAUCAAGACCAAAAAACUCUUGGAGUAGAAAGAAGGGUACUGGCUGUGCCAGAUACCACUAACCCCCCUGAAAGGACGUGUUAUGGUCAAAACCAUAAACAGCCCCCUAGUUUACCCCAGAAGAAAGAAGAAACAUACAUUACAAGUGAACACAGUUACCAGAAACCCCAGAGUUUUGGUUCGGAUUGCAGAUUGGUGAUGGGUCCCAUGAGCUCAGAUGAAGACGAUGCCAGCAGUUUUGAGGAUGAUCAGGAAAUUCUUUUAGAGGACAAAAACUGUUUGCAAUAUACAUCUAAAGAAGAUGGUUUCCGCCAUCAGAGGCAUUCUGCUGAAGGGAACACUGUGUUUGUAUUUAAUGAGAAAAGAGGCACCGAAGAACAUGUGGACUCUCGGCUUCAGUGGCAGCUAAACCUCCUCACCCACAUAGAGAAUGUACAGAACGAAGUCACAAAUAGGAUGGAUCUGAUUGAAAAGGAAGUGGAUGUAUUAGAAAGUUGGCUUGACUUCACUGGAGAACUGGAGCCUCCCGAUCCACUCGCACGACUGCCUCAGCUCAAGCGCCGAAUCAAGCAGCUCAUAUCAGACAUGGGGAAAGUCCAGCAGAUAGCGACCCUUUGUUCAGUAUGACAAAAGGAAGGGCGAGGGAUACAAGUAGACUGUCAUAAUGAGUUUCGUAGGAUCCACAAGACUGUUGAAAGGGUAGUUUAUCAAAAGAUGUCUGAACGCGACUCCUUGCUCUGUGCUGGCUCUCUCAGGAUGCUGAAGAUCUAGAGGAAAGAAAGAAGAAAACUGCAGCCAUCCAACCAAUAAGAUCUGCAAGCUGGUGAAACCAAUGCUGUGAUUGCUUCUUCUUCUUCUCUCUCUUUCUCUCUCUAUAUUAUAUACAGUGAUGCAGAAAUCUCUACAAAGAAAUGUUUUAUAUGUUUUUACAGACUGUGCUAGGGGUGAAACCCUCAAAACUAUUGAGUUGUUUAAAUGCCUGCUAAAGUAAGCUGCAUUGGAUGAAGGAAUGAAUUGCAAUGUUUCCUUUCAGCGCUGAUCUAAGAACAUCUUCCUGCUGGUUAUCUCGAAGGAUGGAAAAUUGAACCAAUGCCUAUUUUGUCCUUGUGUGGCGGAUAUGACAAAUAGUAGCUUUCUUUCUUUUUUUAAAAACAAGACUUUUCUGCGGUGGCCUCUCCAUGAAUAUUAUUUUUCUAACAAAAUCUUCCCUGCGUCUGUGCUCCUUCUUAGAAAAAAUGGGAGGAGGAGGAGGAGAAGUGCCAAAUAACACUUUCAGAAACCACUGAAAACAAGAGCAUGCAUCACUUGGAAGUGUGUUUCUCUUUUCUUCCCAGGCCCCACCUCUCAGCAGAAUCCUCAGUAUAUCUGCCGGCGAGCUAUUCCGAAGUGUACCUAGUUCAGCCUUGUGUCAGCCAAAAUUGAAAUGUCCACCAUCUCACUUUGAAGGUUCUUCAACCAUUCUUAGAUUUCGUAAACAUGCCCGGAAUUGAACUGAUUAACGUUAGCACUCUGGAAGUAUUCAUUAUCCUCAGCUGGAUUGAGGAAUGACAAUGAGCAUCCAAAAUGCCGGUGGUUGGCAAUCAAAUAAGGCCACAUCUAAUGUUUAACAUUUCUAAGACUCCUUUGGGGAGGGGGAAUCAUAAAUGGAAUUUUUUUUGGAGGGGGGGAGGGGAGAAACAUGCAGAAAACUCCCUGUGAGGUAGACUGGGUUGUACAUCAUAGCACUUGGAAUGGCUGAGCACUACUUUUGCCCUUGUCCAAAUUAAAAAAAAAAUCCCACACUGUCUGGAACAUGGAGUGACCUUCUGGGUCGCUCCCCAUCAUGAAAUCAUUGUUUGGAGAUCACUCCCUUCUAAAGUGGCUAUAAUGAAAACCCAUUAUCUGUUAGAAGCAUUCAGUUCUCAUUUGGGCAAAGCUAUGUAAAACCAAAGUCAACCUAGUUGCCGUUUUUUUUAAAGAAAAGUUUCUGGACCAGGUCCAGAUUCAUUUUACCUUUGUUGGUCUGCAUUCUUGCUGUACCCAGUGGUAUAAUUCACAUAUUACAACAUAUGCAUGUAUGUGUGUGAAAGGCACAUGCGCAUACUGCAUUCUAGACAGAUUUCUAUUGGCAAGUCUAGUUUUAUUACAAUAGACGUCAGAUCUUGGUGACAAAAUAUUUAUAAAAUGUUACCUUUUAACAAACAAUUUCUAAAAGAAGAAAGAAGAUGGAAAUAAUGUAUGUACAGGUUUUGAAAUUUGUAAAAAAAAUAAAAUAAAUUUUUUUUUAAAAAAAAAUGAAAAAUAUUGACUGUUCCAGAAGAGUGAAGACAGCACAAAAUACUUGAACUCUUUAUGCCUCCAUAGAUGACUUUUUCAGUGCUGGCGAUCUGUAUAGAAAAGUAUGGGAAGUGUGUGAUGAGCAGUAAACUUGAAGCUCCCCUUGGAUUAGAGUACAAGCCACUGUACAUUACAAAUGUAUUUAAAUUUGCAGAUACACUGUUCUAUAUGUAAGGUACUGUAUGUAAAGCUGUUUAUUAAACAAUUCUGCAUAUUCUUCA